AUGAAGUCUUUGGCCACCUUACUUGCCUUUGUCGCUGUUGCUUCCGCGGACCGCGUUGUCACGGUCUACAACGCAUGCCCAUUCACGAUCUGGUGGGCCUGGGGUGAAUAUCAUGCGUACCACUUUCAAGUUGAUCUGACGAAGUAUUCUGAGAUGUUCACCGACCCCCAAAGUCCCGGUGGACCACCCAACUACGUGACAGGCUGGGAAGCAGCCAAAUACACUGCCGUCACCUUCAACGUCCCCGAGCGAUGGAACGGCCGUAUCUGGGGUCGCCGUAACUGCAACUUUGCCAACGGCAAUACCGAUCCCAAUACUUCUUGCCUCGACGGCGGUUGCAAUGGUGGAUUGCGAUGUGCCCUCAAUGGCGGCACUGGCGUCCCCCCGGCUACGGUCGCCGAGUUCAAUCUGCAUGAUGCUGCUGGCCUGGAUUGGUAUGAUGUGUCUCUUGUCGAUGGCUACAACCUUCCCAUGCGGAUCUCCACUGAUGUUGGCUGCCCCGCUCCCGACUGCCCCGUCGACCUCGGGCCAAACUGUCCCACUGAACUCAAGGGUCCGUUCGACAGCGUCGGUUUCCCUGUUGGAUGCAAGACUGCUUGUACCGUUGACUCCCUCGCCGGACAUAACGCCCACAACCCGAACUGCUGCACUAACGAGUAUAACACUCCAGCUACCUGCCCUCCUUCCGGCGUGCGCCACUACGACUAUUUCAAGAGGAACUGCCCGAACUCGUAUGCUUACGCUUUCGACGAGGGCUCCGGCACCGCUCUCUGGACCUGUGCAUCUAGCCGCAACGCCCACUACACGAUCACUUUCUGCCCUUGA